AUGACAGCAAAGAGUGUCACUCUAAAUGGGGAGAGGGAAAGACCAUUUCGUUUCGAUCCAGAUGAUCCCGAAUACAUUAAGGAUUUACAGCGGCCAGCUGUCAUUAAGGAGGACCUUACAGAAAUGGAACGAAGGAAACGAGUGCAACAACUUCUUGAAUCGAAGAGCUUUUGUAGAGAAUUAGAGGAGGUGAUUCGACAAGAGUCUGAUAGCUGUCGCAGUGAUCCUGAGCAUUUAAAAACGAUUCAACGGUUAUCAGAAUUAACUCUUCCCAAUGGAGCUAUGACAUUUGCUAAUUUGCAUUCUGUUGCUGGCUCUGCAAUUCCGAUAGCAGAUUUGAAAGGUAAUGACAAUUAUACGAGACAGGAGAAACUGUUGAGGAACAAACUUGCAUCGCUGUAUCGACUAGUAGAUUUAUUUCAAUGGUCACAGGGAAUCUACAAUCACAUUACGUUACGUCUGCCACAAGAUGACGAUCACAUUCUCGUGAAUCCAUUUGGUUUACUUUAUCAUGAAAUUACGGCGAGCAGUCUUGUUAAAGUGAAUCUACGAGGUGAAACUGUCGAUCCUGGCACAACCAAAUUGGGGAUCAAUCAGAAUGGAUUAAUGCUGCAUUUGGCUAUUCAUUCCGCUCGUCCGGAUGUACGUUGUAUCCUUCACAUGCACACAGCGGUAGUAUCGGCUGUUGCUAGUAUGAAAUGUGGAUUACUUCCACUCUGUCAGGAAGCUAUGGUCAUUGGGCCGGUUGCAUACCAUGAUUAUCAGGGUUCGUUGAAUGAAGAAGUUGACAGAGAAGCGUUGGUGAAAAGUCUCGGAGAUAAAAACGUUAUGUUAUUACGGAAUCAUGGAUUCGUAGUAUGUGGACAAUCGGUCGAGGAUGCUCUACAUCUUGCUUUUCACACAGUUGUUGCCUGUGAAACGCAGAUUUUGAUCUGGCGAGGUGAUGGAUGUAUCGUCGUUGGAGAAACGGUAGAAGAAGCUGUAUAUCUGUUGCGGAAUCUAGUUUCUGCAUGUGAUCAUCAGAUCAGGGCUGCAAGAGCUGGAAUAGAGAACCUCGUCAUACCUGAUGAGAAAGCUAUCGAAAAAGCGUACAAGUCCGCACGUGCUGCAGAUGGUGGUUCAGUAAGUCGAUCACCUUUAAAGGAUCAGACAGGAAACGUUGUCAAUUGGAGGGUUGGCGAACUUGAAUGGGAAGCAUGGAUGCGGGUUUUGGAUCAUGCUGGUUUUCGCACGGGUCAUAUUUACCGUCAACCUUCAUUACGACCGAAAUCUGCGAUGUCACAUUCAACCGUGAACAAUAAUGAUGUGGCCGUUCCUCCAAGUGCUUCUGCGUUAGGAAUGUUAGAUGAAUCUGACGCUGAAGCUGUGGCUGCCCACAAGUUGGCCCUUUUACGAAAAGAGCAAGAAAGAAAUCGCUGGUUGAAUAGCCCAAACGCAUAUCAAAAAGUCGAAAUUCUUGAAACUGGUACGGACAAUCCGAAGAAGAUCACAAAGUGGGUUCAAGAUGCUACAUCUCCAUCAGCAAGCGGUACUCCAGUUAAGAUUAGUAUUCCUCAUCACUUCAGUCCAAUGUCCAGUAACCCAAAAGAGUUCAAGGAUAAACAACGGGCGAUAAAGGAAAGCGGAAGACUUGGAACAACCACCGCUGGUCCUCAAAGUCAAAUUCUUGACGGUGUAACGUACGAGGAGAUCGCUAGAAUGCGGCCUGAUGUCGAUGGUAUCGUUGGUCAAACGGACAGGACGGUGCUUAUUGGGACAGCAAGCAAAGGAAUCAUCGACCGGCAGCAUCAACACAAUGCCCAAGUGUAUCGCCAACUAUACGCUCCUAAUCCAUUCGCAUGUGAAACCGACGAAGAUAUCAAAAAGUACAUGGAAGAGGUGGAAAUGAAAUCACCAAAGUCGCGCACACCGUGCUCAUCGGCACGAGACAAAUCUUUGGAACGUUCGCAGAGGACGUCAAGUCCAUUUGAGGAAGAUCCAGGCGCAGAUACCGCAUCGCUCAUGCAAGCUGCUCGAGUUCAUCGAAAUUCGGAUAUUCCUAAGGCUAGCGCAUCUUCGGAUGCUCUCGAUAUCCCGCCCGACACCACUGCAAAUGUAGAAAAAUCUAUGACAAACGUAAGGAGCAUGCCUGAAUCGACUCACAAUUAUUCGCAAAAGGGUAGUCUCACACUCGACAUCGAUUGCAAUUCUUCAGCGCGGUCCAACGCCACCAUGUCUGAAGAUGAGGCUUCAUCAAAAGGCGAAAAAAAGAAGAAAAAGAAGAGUUUAUUUUCAUUUAUGAAGAAGAAGGACAAGUCCCCGUCGUCAUAG